UUUGGUCUUUGGUGAAAAAUGAAAUUCAACACAGAUGAUAUGGAGUGGCCUACUUUUUUAGAUGAAUAUGAAAAGCUUGUUUUCCGAAUGACUAUUCCCAGGGUCAUGAUCGAUAACACUAGUUGUUCAAACGCCACCCUUGUUAAGAUUGAUAGUGCGAGGAAACAUGGGAUUCUUCUUGAAGCAGUUCAAGUUCUCACGGAUUUGAACCUUUCAAUCAAGAAAGCUUAUGUCUCAUGUGAUGGUCGGUGGUUUAUGGAUGUUUUUCAUGUUACUGACUUGGAUGGAAACAAGUUAACGGACAAAAGAUUCAUCAGUUACAUCGAACAGUCACUAGGGACAAUUCAUUAUGCAAGUUCAAAGAUCUAUAAUGGCUUGACUGCUCUGGAACUAACUGGGACGGAUCGAAUUGGCCUUUUAUCGGAAGUCUUUGCUGUACUGUCAGAUUUACACUGCAAUGUAGUUGAAGCUAAAAUGUGGACUCACAAUGGUCGUAUUGCCUCCCUGAUACAUAUAAAGGAAAGCCAGUCAGGGUACCCAAUUGAGGACUCACAGAAGAUUGACAGAAUUGAAGCCCGUUUAAAGAGUGUGCUCAAGGGGGAUAAUGAUGUUCGGAGUGCUAAAACAUCAGUGUCAUUGGCUGUCACACAUACAGAAAGAAGACUUCACCAAAUGAUGUUUGCCGACCGCGAUUAUGAAAGAAAGCCAGUGAUUAGGACUAGCAACGAUACCCCAAUUGUAUCGGUGUUGAACUGCUUGGAGAAGGGUUAUUCCGUGGUAAAUAUUCAGUGCAAAGACCGAACUAAGCUUCUAUUUGAUGUCGUUUGCACGUUAACAGACAUGCAGUAUGUUGUGUUCCAUGCCACAAUUAAUUCAGCUGGGGACAGGGCAUACUUGGAAUUCUUCAUUAGGCAUACAGAUGGAAUCCCAAUUAGUUCAGAUGCUGAAAAGCAACGUGUGAUUCUAUGUCUACAAUCUGCUAUUGAAAGAAGAGCAUCCGAGGGAGUGAGGCUGGAACUAUCCACAGGAGACAAACAAGGCUUAUUGGCCGAUGUAACUAGAACAUUCCGGGAAAAUGGCCUAAACGUGACGAGGGCUGAGAUAUCAACCACAGGGGAUUCAGCUCUAAAUAUAUUUUACAUAACAGAUGUGAGGGGGAAUCCAGUCGAUUCAAAUAUCAUUGAGUCUGUUAGGGGGGAAAUCGGAUGGAGUAACUUGAAAGUGAAGGAAUUGCCAUUGAUCAAUCAUCAAACGGUUGAUAGAGACGGGUCCAUGUUGUUGUCACUUGGUAACAUAUUCAGAAGGAAUCUUUACAGCUUGGGGUUGAUCAAGUCGUUUUCUUGAUGCAAGAAAAAUGAAUCUUCUCAUACCAACUUACCAAAAAGAAGAAUACGAGAAGUUCAUAUUCCUCCAAAUUCAGACUCUGGAAGCCUCAAAGGACACCUAAGUUCAAGUGGCAUGUACAUAGCUUAAGGAUUACUAUAAAGUGAUUCGUUGUUCAAGAAAAAUGCAUAGCUGUUGGAGAAUCCGAUACAUACCCCAGUGGUAUUUCUGAAGAGUCCGAGCAACAUAGGGUGGAUGGUAUUGGGGGCCACUUAGCCCACCAUAUUCAAUAGUUAGGUACAGUUAACAUUUGAAACAGGUAGUAGGAGACAACGCCUCAAUUUCAAGCAAGUUAAGGUUGCUACAUGAAUUUCCAUUGUCCAUGACACUCAAUUUAAGCAUGCAAGGGAUGGGUAUACAACGAGGACGCUUUAAUCUUCAAGCAACUCGAGAUCAGCUACAUGAAUCUUUACUGUCUAUGUCACUCCCUUUUAAGUAGACGGUGAAGGGCUAUACAAUAAAAAUGCCUUAUCUCAAGCAAUUUGGGUUCGGCUUAUAUGAAUCUUCACUGUCUAUGUCGUUCCAUUUAUAUGCCGGCAGGGAAGCAGGCAAAAGAGUCCACAAAGUUGUUUGUUUCAGACACAUUGUAUAUCUGUAAAUAUUCACUGUUUUUAAAUGCUAAAUCUAAUGUUUGACUUCA